CGCAGCAGUACAGGGGGGAAGCGCAGGUGAAAGAUGGCGAGAGAGCGGACGGAGGACAAACUCUUUCUGCUUUUUUUGCUGCUUGUUUGCAAAACCUCUGCUCAAGAAUUACCAACAGACGGGGUAAACGGAUUUAGCCUCCAUCCGCCUUAUUUUAAUUUAGCUGAAGGGACUAAAAUCACAGCGACAGCCACCUGCGGCGAGGACGAAGACGGCCGACCGGUGCAAGACCUUUAUUGCAAACUAGUCGGAGGACCUGUAUCGGGGGAUCCCAGCCAAACCAUUCAGGGCCAGUAUUGUGACACGUGUGACACAGCAGAUAGUAACAGAGCCCACCCUAUCAGCAACGCUAUUGAUGGAACUGAAAGAUGGUGGCAGAGUCCUCCCCUUUCUCGCAGCUCUGAGUACAAUCAAGUUAACGUCACCCUGGACUUGGGACAGCUCUUUCAUGUGGCUUAUGUCCUCAUCAAGUUUGCAAACUCUCCAAGGCCUGACCUGUGGGUGCUGGAGCGCUCCAUUGACUUUGGGAUAACCUACAAGCCAUGGCAGUUUUUUGCCUCAUCCAAAAGGGACUGUAUUGAGCGUUUUGGACAGAGGACGAUUGAGCGCAUUAAUCAUGACAAUGAUGUAAUCUGCACAACAGAAUACUCUCGUAUCGUUCCCCUGGAGAACGGAGAGAUUGUGGUGUCUCUGGUUAAUGGACGACCUGGAGCCAUGAACUUCUCUUAUUCGCCUGACCUGAGGGAGUUCACCAAAGCCACCAACAUCCGCCUGCGUUUUUUGCGCACAAACACACUGCUGGGUCACCUGAUGGGCAAAGCGCUAAAAGAUCCCACUGUCACACGCCGGUAUUACUACAGCAUUAAAGACAUCAGUAUUGGAGGGAGGUGUGUGUGUAACGGUCACGCUGAAGCAUGCAAUGCCAAAGACCCCAACGAUCCCUUCAAGCUUCAGUGCGACUGCCAACACAACACUUGCGGCCCAUCAUGCGACACUUGUUGCUUGGGAUUCAACCAGUUGCCAUGGAAACCAGCCACCACUUACAGUGCCAAUGAAUGUGAACAAUGUAACUGCCAUAGACACUCAUUUGACUGCUACUACGACCCCGAAGUGGAUCAGAGGAGAGCCAGUCUGAACAUGCAGGGUGAAUACAGAGGAGGAGGAGUGUGUAUGGAGUGUCAGCACCACACAACAGGAAUGAACUGUGAGCGCUGUGUACCAGGCUACUACAGGUCACCUGACAAACCUUUGGAGUCACCAUAUGCCUGUUCACAGUGCCAGUGCGACUCACAAUUUACUGAUGGUACAUGUGAGGAUCUGACGGGUCGCUGCUACUGCAAGCCCAAUUAUACGGGCGAGAAUUGUAACUACUGUGCAGAAGGAUAUGAGAACUUCCCAGACUGCUACUUUGUCACUCCAAUCUUCCCCACUGAUAACAACGGAGAGGCCAGGCCUGCAGGAGAGAUCAUUAACUGUGAGUGCAAUGCAGCAGGUACUGAGGGGAAUUCCUGUAGGCCGGACCUACACACUCGAACCUGUGUGUGUAAGGCCGGAUUCACUGGUAUGCACUGUGAUACCUGUGCACCAGGAUACUACAGCCACAACUGCCACCGUUGCCAGUGCUCAGGUCCAGGUUCCCAAGACGGGUCAUGUAAUGUGGUAACAGGGGAGUGUGUGUGUAGACAAGGGUUUCAUGGCUAUUCAUGCGAACAGUGCGCGCCAGGCUACUUUAACUACCCUUUGUGUCAACUAUGUGGUUGUAGUAAUGUGGGUACUGUACCGGGUGGUUGUGACUCUACCGGUCAGUGUGUGUGUCGGCCGGAGUUCACAGGCCCUCGAUGUGAUCAGUGCGUGUCUGGCUACCACUCUUAUCCCAACUGCGAGGUGUGCACCUGUGACCCACGGACAGCACUGGACUCCAGCUGCAGUGCAGCAGGGCAGUGUUAUUGUAAACCCAAUUACAGCGGCCCCAGGUGUGAGUCCUGUGCUCCAGGUUACUACGGCUACCCCACCUGCUCUCCCUGCCAAUGCUUACAGGAGGGUUCUCGCUACACAGAAUGUGAUUCAGUCUCAGGCCAGUGUGUCUGUCUGCCCAAUGUAGUAGGACAGAGGUGUGAUACAUGCAGCUCUGGAGCCUAUGGCUUCCCUCAUUGUCAGGCUGGCACCUGUAACCCUGCUGGCUCUGUCGAGAAUGAAAUCUUGCCUGCAGUGGGCUCUUGUGAGUGCAAGCCUAAUGUGGAAGGAAUAGCUUGUGACAAAUGCAAACCUCUCUACUGGAACCUGUCACCUGAUACUGUGUUUGGAUGUUCAAAUUGUGAGUGUGACACUGCAGGAACUUUGAGUGAAGUGGCAGAGUGUGCUCAGAACAAUAGACAGUGCUACUGCAAGCCUAAUGUGUGCGGUGAGACGUGUUCUGUGUGCAAGGACGGCUUCUUCAACCAGCAAAUACACAACUACUUUGGGUGCCAGGGUUGUCAGUGUGAUAUUGGAGGUUCUGCUAGUCUUUCAUGUGGGGAGAGAAAUGGCAGGUGUAGGUGCAGACCCAAUGUGGAGGGACCCAAAUGCAACCAGCCACGUCCAGAUCACUAUUUUCCAGACCUGCACCACAUGAAAUUUGAGGUGGAGGAUGGCACCAUGUUUGAUGGGCGACCUGUCCGUUUUGGCUACAAUCCACUGGAAUUUGAGGGCUUCAGCUGGAGAGGCUAUGCUCUAAUGUCCCCCAUUCAGCAACGGGUGUUAGUUGAAGUGGUGGUCAGCUCUCCGGAUCUGUUCCAUGUGGUGUUGCGCUACGUUAACCGUGGAGGCGUAGACGUCUGGGGACGUGUCUCUGUGUUAGAGGCCAACAGGCACUUUUUGUGCGGGAACUGCUCUGAGCAGUCCAAACAGAUCGUUUUUGCCCCUAGUUCGGAUCCCACGUUCGUGAAUGUGCCGCAGAACAGUUUUGUGGAGCCAUUUGUAUUGAACCCAGGCACCUGGACUGUAAUUAUCGAGGCUGAAGACAUUUUGCUGGACUAUCUGGUGCUGCUGCCCAGUGCGUACUAUGAAGCUCCUAUCCUGCAGAUGAAAGUGACUGAACCCUGUACAUACAGUCAUUCACAGGAUCCCAAUCACAAUUGUCUGCAGUAUAAGUACCUGUCUCUGGAGGAAUUUCCAUCUCUCUCUGGUAAGGAUGCCAGCUGCAGGUCAGACAAUCAUCUGCCCAGAUUGUGCCAGGUUGAACAGAUCACACCUCGCCAUCCUAGCAUGGCUGUGUGCAGCGGCAAUGAUAUCAAUGUGCAGCUGCGUGGGCGGCUACCUGUACCGGGUAAGUAUGUGUUGGUGGUUGAGUACGCCAGUGAGGACGAAGCUCCACAAACUCUCUCAGUAUCUGUUAACUCGCCCAGAGGACGUAACCAACAGCAGCAUGUCACACUGCUCCACUGCAAGUACAGUUUCCUGUGUCGUGCAGUGUCUAUAGAUGAGAUGCACCGCAUAGCAGUUUUCACUCUCUCCACGGAGGCUGAAGUGCACCUCAUUGCAGACCAAAGCAACUUCUUCUUGCACAAAGUGUACCUGAUCCCUCAUGCUCAGUUUACGAUGGAAUACUUGAGACCCUCAGUGCACUGCAUUAACACCCAUGGAACCUUUGCUCCUGACAGUGCUUCCUGUGUUCCAUCUCGAUUCCAGACUCCAUCUCAGUCCUUUGUUCUAAAGGUUGGCCAAGCUUCAUCAGUCCCUCCUGGGUCAGUUUUGGCCUUGACACCUGAGCAGUUGCCUUCAAACCCUAUUGACUGGCUUCCUCGAGACACACCACCAACAGCCAUCAACGACGACGACCACAUACGCCUGGACUCUGAUCAUAAUGCAGUAGUGUUUUCAACCCCAGUGCACACCUUGGGCCGCUACGUGUUCAUUUUGCACUACCACCAGCCCCUUCAUCCGACCUUUGCUGUGUCGAUUAACAUUAACGGGGGGCGCAUUUGGCAGGGUCAUGCCAAUGCUACCUUCUGUCCCCAUGGCUAUGGUUGUCGUAGUGUUCUAAUCUCAGAGAACCAGAUCAUUCUGGAUGUGACUGACCAUGAGGUUAUUGUUACUGUCCGAGUUCCAAACGGCAAAACUUUCUGGCUGGACUAUGUUUUAGUGGUGCCUGAGAGCAGCCACAGCUCCAGUGUCAUGUCAGAGGAGUCACUGGACAAAUCUUAUGACUUCAUCAGCCACUGCGGCCAAAUCAGCUUCUACAUCGACCCUCAGAAAGCCUCUCAGUUCUGCCAGUCCUCAGCAGCUUCUCUUUCGGCUUUCUUCAACAAUGGUGCAUUGCCGUGCGGCUGCCACGAAGCUGGGUCUGAAAGUGAUACGUGCCAGCCAUUUGGUGGGCAGUGCCCAUGCAGGCCAAACGUAAUCGGCCGAGACUGCUCGCAGUGUGCCACCGGUUACUACGGCUUCCCUAACUGCAGGCCAUGCAACUGUGGCACACGCCUGUGCGAACCAGUGACAGGCCAGUGUAUUUGUCCUCCCCGUACCCUGCUGCCAGAGUGUGUUCAGUGUGAGCCACAGACGUUUGGCUGCCAUCCUCUGGUGGGCUGUGAGAUAUGCAACUGUUCCCGGCCAGGCGUUACUGCUCAGGACAUCACCUGUGACACAAACAACGGCCAGUGCAGAUGCAAAACAAACAUCAUCGGACGUCAGUGUGACCAGUGCGCCCCAGGUUUCUAUGGAUAUCCCAACUGCAGACCAUGUUAUUGUAAUGAAGCUGGAACUGAAAAGAACGUUUGUGACCCCGUCACAGGCCGAUGUCUCUGCAAGGAAAAUGUAGUGGGUUCUCGGUGUGACCAGUGUGCACUGGGCACAUUUCGUUUAGACCCCACUAACCCUAAAGGCUGCACCAAGUGCUUCUGCUUUGGUGCUACUGAUAGCUGCCGGAGCUCAGACAAGUACCGGACUCAGAUUAUGGACAUGCAGGGCUGGCAUCUGCUGAGAGGGGACAAGCAGGAGGUUCCCAUGUCUUUGAACUUAAAUGAAGAUCUGGUGGAGGCAGAUCUACGCGACGUCCCUGAUGUUUAUCAGGAUCUUUACUGGCAAGCUCCUCGUGCAUACCUGGGUGACAAGGUUUCUUCAUAUGGAGGCUAUUUACGCUACUGGUUGCAUACACAGGCCAUGCGAGGAGAUGUUAUUUCUCUGCCCUCUGAAGCCUCUCGUCCUGACAUUAUUCUCAAGGGAAACCAGAUGAUUCUAGUCUACAUGGAGAGAGAGUAUUCCUCACCUAGAGAUCCUCAUGAAGGAGUUGUCCACCUAGUAGAGGGGAGUUUCCGCCAUGCUCAGACAGGAAACUCAGUAUCUCGUGAGGAGCUGAUGAUGGUCCUGGUGGCACUGGAGUCUUUGCAGAUCCGUGCCCUCCAUUCUCUAUCUGCUCAGUCAGUCUCGCUGCGUGCUGCAACUUUGGAAACUGCUGAGCACCAAACUUCCACUCGUCAUGCCAGCAAUGUGGAAAUCUGCAUGUGCCCGGCCAAUUAUGAGGGAGACUCAUGUCAGAAUUGUGCACCAGGCUACUACAGAGACACCAAGGGGCUGUUCCUGGGCAAGUGUGUUCCCUGUAACUGCAAUGGACAUUCUGAUCAGUGCCUAGAUGGAUCUGGAAUAUGUGUGAACUGCCUUCACAAUACAGCUGGAGACCAUUGUGAGAAGUGUCGUGGUGGUUUCCACAGCAACAACACAGUGGAUGGCCACGCUGUGGCCUGUUCUAGCUGCCCAUGCCCACUGCAAGUGAUAUCAAACAAUUUUGCCAUUGGCUGUGUAGAGAAGCCCAAGCAAAUGCAGUGCCUGUGCAUGCCCGGCUAUGCUGGACCUAAGUGUGAGAGGUGUGCCCCUGGUUACUAUGGCAAUCCCAUGGUGAUUGGAAGCAAGUGCCAGCUAUGCAAUUGCAAUGGCAACUUAGACCCCAACAUGCUGUUCAGUGACUGCCACCCCUUGACGGGAGAAUGCCAGGGCUGCAUGUACAACACAGCAGGUCCCCACUGUGAGAUCUGCGCCCCAGGCUUCUAUGGGGAUGCCAUCACUGCCAAGAACUGCACCAAAUGUAACUGUUCUCCAUGUGGCAUGGCUUCAUGUGAUCCUCACACCGGUCGGUGUCUCUGUAAACAAGGUGUUACCGGUGUUCACUGUGAUCGCUGUGAGCAUGGCAAAUUUGGAUUUGAGUCCUGUCAUGGCUGUCGUGGAUGUGACUGUGAAGCAGUUGCUGCUCUGGUCCAGCCAUGUGACCCGGUCAGCGGGGCAUGUGCAUGCCAACCAGGUGUGAGUGGGCCCAGUUGUCGCCAAUGUAGUACUGGAUUCUGGGACUAUGGUCCUAAAGGCUGCAAAAAAUGUGAGUGUAGGGGAGGACACUGUGACCCACGUACCGGAGAGUGCCGCUGUCCAGAUGGUUUGACAGGGAAACAGUGUGACCGUUGCACUAAUCAACACAGCGUACUUGUGACUAAAGGAUCUAAUGCCCACUGUGAAUCAUGUGACAGCUGCGUGGUAGUGCUUCUGCAGGAUCUGAACAAGACAGAAAAAGCCUUCCUCUCUGUGGAUCAACAAUUAAAGAACAUUAGUGCCAGUGCCCUUGUGUGGGCACAGCUGCACAACCUUAACAAGUCUAUGGAGGAGAUUGCUGAUUCCAUAAGUAACUACAAUGGCACCUUGGUUGGAAGCUAUGACCAGGCAGAUUUGCUAGACAAAGAGCUGCAGACAUUUGACUCAGAUAUCUCUGAGCUAGAGAAAAAGGCAUCAACAUCAGCUGUAAAAGUAGAUGAACUUCAAGACAGCACCCAAACCACACACAAGAGAGCUCAAAGCCUGUUGGAUGUUAUUAAAGGCAGCAUUAAAGAUAUAAAAGCCUUGUUACAGCUGGUGAAAAAGGCAGCACAAAACGGCUCUAAAGAAAUAGAUGAAACCAUUUUGUCCCAGAUGCUGACUGAGGUAUCGGAUAUGUUGAGGGACAUGCGCUUUCAAAGCGCCCACUAUCAGAAGACAUUAGCAGAGAAUGAGCUCAAUGAAGCCAAGAACUUGAUGGACAGGGUAAAGACAGAGAUAGCCGAUCGUGUGGCUGCGAACCAAGAUACAGUGAAGUCUAUUCAGGAAAAACUGAAGAAGUUUCACGAGGAGCUUAUGAACAUGAGAGAUUUUCUCAAUGAGGCUGUCAGCAAAACAGCACUCACCACAGAGACCAACAACAUCAACCAGAAACGCUUAGAGCAAAACAAGCAAAAUAUGAUUGAUGUAAGGACCAAGCAGAAAGAGGUAGAGGGACUAAUGCAGAUGGCUGGUGAUGAUUUGUCUCAAGUUUUGGACCUGAUAUCCAUGCUUCAGGACUCCAAAGAGGAUUAUGAACGUCUUACUGCUCAGCUGGAUGGAGCAAAGUUGCCUCUUGCUGAGAAAGUGCAGAAGUUUGCCUCCUCUGGAUCGAAAAUCCCCCUGGUGGAGAAGGCCGAGAAACAUGCUGAGCUUCUUGACUUGCUCGCCAAAAACCUUUCCAGCGUCAUUUCGAAUACAAACCAGGACAGUUUUAUUCGGAGGGCUCUGAACGCAUCUCAGUCAUACACCAAAAUCAUCGACAGUGUGCAGGAAGCUGAAAAACAAGCCAACGAAGCUAUUAAUGCUGCUAUGAAGGCUCUGGAGGGUAUCAAGGAUCAGGACCUUCCCCAGCAGGCCAGAAUUUUAAAGAAUCAGAGUAUGACACUAGAUGAUGAGACAUCAGCCCUGCAGGAGGAUCUCUCUAAAGAUGUAAAACCACAGCUGCAGGAUAUCAAGAGCAAAAUCCGUGAGGCAGAGGAGAAGAAAAAAGAUCUAAUGAAAGAGCUGGCUAAGGUGCAGAAGGCCCUAAACUUCCCUCAAGACAACACAGCAAAGGAGCUCCAGGAAGCUAAGGAUGCAGCAGAGAAGGCUAACACUACCGCUGCUAAUAUUCUAAAGAAGCUGGCUCCGAUAAAAAAGCAGCUGGACGAGUGGAAAAAUAAUUAUGGCUCAUCCAACACCACCAAUGCUGACUUCAGUAAUGCACUUGACCAGGCCAACAACUCAGUGGGGGCCCUUGGCGAGACCAUUCCGAUGUUGCUAAAAAAGCUGGAUCUUUUGCAAAAUAAUUCCAUCCAAAUGCCCAACAUUUCAGAGAGCAUCUCAAAAGUCCGUGAACUCAUUGCAGAGGCGCGAAAGGCUGCAAGAAAGAUUGCCGUGUCAAUGAAGUUUAAUGGGAAUUCAGGAGUGCAGGUGAGGAAUCCGAGUAAUCUUGCUGACCUGGCUGCCUACACCGCACUUAAGUUUUUCAUUAACGUACCUAACCUUCUACGCAAACGCCGACAAGAUGAAAACAACCAAUUCGUCUUUUACCUAGGCAGCAAGGAUUCAAGUAAGGAAUUCAUGGGGAUGGUUCUGAAUGGUUCCAAACUAAGCUGGCUCUAUAAUCUUGGAGAUAAUACCGCACAGAUCAUCACACAGGAAAAUGUCGUAAAAGACAAAUUUAUUGCAAUGUCUUUAAAGAGGAUUCUGCAGUAUGGUGAGAUGAAUAUGGCUGUGGAUAAAAGACUUGCAUUUAUUAAGAAUGGGGAGGCAGAAGGAGAAAAAGGACUCCUGCACCUCCCGAAAGAUGAUACAGUUUUCUAUGUUGGUGGAUAUCCCAGCGACUUCACGCCCCCUCCUGAGAUGCAGCUGCCUUUUUUCAAGGGAUGCAUUGAACUUGAGAGUCUGAAUGAGGAUGUGAUGAGCCUUUAUAACUUCGAGCAAACAUUUAAUCUCAACACCACAGAAGACAUCCCCUGUUCACGACCUAAGCCUUCAUUACCCCAGCAGUGGAUGGGAGAUUCAUAUUACUUUGAUGGGACAGGCUAUGCCUUUAUCACUCCUAAGGGGACGUGUGCAAAUUCACGCUUUGAACAGAAUAUUAAACUCAUCUCGCAUGAUGGAAUUCUGCUCCUGCUCCAAAAUGAGAAUGACUUUGUAUGUCUCGCUGUGCUCGGAGGGGAUCUAAAGCUUUUCUACAGCUUUAAUGGGACAUUUGUGGAGGAGAAGUUCAUUGGUAAAGAUCCCGAAAUAUUGCGCAUUAGUGGUGCCACGUCUAAAACGGUGGAAGUGAUUAUUCUCCCAGCAGCAGACGAUAGGCCACAACGGCUAUUGGUGAGGAAACAAAGAGUCCCCCUGUACCAGGUUCAAUCUCCAGACAUCCCCUGUUUCUUAGGCAGCUUCUAUUUGGGUGGUGUACCAGAGGACAAAAUACCUGAGAGUUUGAAGCCUUUGUUUGUAAAGCAGGGCUCUUUAAGGGGAUGUUUCAGGAACAUUAAAGCCUUUGGCACUUUUGUAAAUUUGAGGAACACAAAGACUUCAGGGGUCAGCUAUGGCUGUUCUGAUGACCUGCUGGUGGCUCGUGAGGCCUAUUUUAAAGGACAAAGCUAUCUGAACCUUGAUCUUAACAAUCGUCCAGACAUUAAGGAUGAGUUCUAUGCUGGCCUCGGCUUCAGAACAGAUCAGAACAAUGGUCAACAACUGCUGCUGCAACACCAAGCUUUGAGUGGUGUGUGUCAGGUAUUAUUGGACGAAGGCCAUGUGGUGGUGAGGGCUGGCAAUAAAGAGGUCCGUACUAAGAAGACCUACAAUGAUGACAACAGUCACUACUUGGCUUUCUACAGCAACAUGUCUGGACUGCGUGUGCUUGUAGAUGACAUGCCUGAGCAGAGUCCUAACAUUGAUGUAAACAUCAACAAUUUGACCCUAGACAGCAAUGUGGUCUUACUUGGCGGCACACCCGAGUUCAGUGACAUCGCCAACCUCACUGGCUGCCUCAACAACAUUUUCUUUAAAGUGAAAGGAGAAAAAGAGAGGACAAAGCAGGAGGUGUUGGACCUGCUAACAGCCAGAGAGAAUGUCAAUGUUUCACUGGUGUGUCCUGCUAGUGAGAAACCACAGGAAAUACUGGCUUCAUCUCCACGCACCAAAGCCCCAAAGCUCGGGAGGCAGAGGAAGCCUCUGGCUGCACAGAGAGGCCGCAAUAUUCGUGAAUCCUGCCAAGGAAAGUUGUUUGAACAGGAGGCCGACACCCACCACUUUAGUGGAUCCGUGUACAGCUACAUGCGUUUCGAUUUAGUUCCGCCAACCUUCAGCAAAACGCCUCAUGUAGCGGUGGGUGUACGUGUAAACUCUUCCACUGGCCUCAUCUUCUAUGCAGCAGGAGAGAGAGGCAGGACAGGCAUGACUCUCUCUGUAUCUGAGGGCAAGCUGAUGUUGCAGUUAAAUGGAGGAAAGAAAAAAAAUAGCAUUGUGACCAGCAACAAUUAUGACGACGGCCUCUGGCACACGGUGUUUAUAAGGGUUGAGAGAGAGAAGGCCAGACUCAUUGUAGAUGGCAUUAAUGCCCAGAGCAGAAAAGUGUCAUUCUUUAGUGAGAGGAGUGCACUGAGUGGUCCAGUUUACAUUGGUGGCCUUCCUUCUAACCACAAAGCAGCAAUGUCUGGCUUUGUAGGCUGUAUCAGGAAUCUAAAGGUGAAUGAGGUGCUUUUAAGCCCUACCCACAGUGUAGGGGUGGUGCCCUGUUACCAAGAGCCCCUCCAACCAGGCGUCUAUUUCUCCAGCCAGGGAGGACACAUAACCAUUGGUGAGUCGUUAGUACUGGGUCAUGAUCUGGAGCUUGAGGUAGAGCUUCGACCUGUGACAGACUCAGGACCUCUUCUCUACGCUGGAGUGAAGAAGAACCAGCAGCUCAGCGUCUACCUUAACCAGGGAGAGGUCUUCGUGUUAAUGAACAGUGGAAGUGCUGAGUUCUCUGUUUCUCUCAAACCAGAGGAUUCGUUGUGUGACGGGAGCUGGCACAGUAUCGUUAUUGUGAAGAAGAGUAACGUGAUCCAGUUGCGUGUGGAUGCAGUGAGUGAACAUGGCGUCGGCCCCAAACAGUUCAGAUCUAAUGGAGCUGGUGUGCCUGUUUAUCUGGGCAAUGUGCCAGAUGUUGUGGAGAGCCCUGCUGUCCUCUCAUCUCUUCCUGCUUUCCAUGGCUGUGUGAGAAAAGCUAACCUGAAUGGUCGACCUGCCAUGCUCUCCAAACCACUCUCAAUCUCCGGUGCAGUUGGCACUCAGGGAUGCCCUGCAAUGUAGCCCAUUAUCCAUAACCAACAAAUCAAAAAUAGCUUUCUGAUAAAAAUCAACAGGUGGUGGGUUUACCUAUGUGAUAGAUAAUUUAAAGAAAUUUAUAUUGUUUUAAUAAACAAAUAUAUAUGUA